AUGGCGACACAUUGGCCACCCCGGUCUCCUCACGAAGCUCUCAUCAGUACCCCGCGAGGCCGCCAGCGCUUUCGUGAAAUGAAAACGUCGCCCACCCCGUCGCCGUCCAGACUCAGAAUGUCCCGAUCGAAUCCCGCUCUAGCGGCGCGCUACGCCGACAAUGAGGAUGCCGUUAUGCUCGACGUGGACGAUUUGGAGGACGAAGAUGAGGACGAGGAGAUGGUACAACUGAAGCUGCAGGAAAUACAGGCGCGCAUGAAAUUGAAAAAGAUACAAAAUGCAAAGGCGCAAAGAAGAGCAAACUCGUCCAUGGACGCACGAUCGAAUGGUGGCCGACCAGAAAGCGCUUCGGCGAACAACUCGCAAAACUCGAUGGCACCACCGGCCGGACUUCCCAUUCAGUCAAGGUUAGCUGCGGCAAGAGACAGGAUGGAACAACAGUCGAAUCCCGUCCAGGUUCCUGCUUCGCCGGUGCGGAGGGGUCGUAGUGAGUCCGCUCCUCAGCCACCGCAAUCCCCCCAGAGGAUCAUGUUGGGAAUCGACAAGGGACGAAAAGCGGCCGACAUGUCAUUAAAAAGGGCGCCCUCGUUGCGAAAAGUCGAAAGCGAACGUCCUUCCUCUCAGGGUCUACAGUCCCAGCCGUCCGGCUACUUGCGACGAUCCAUGACGGCAUCCUUUAGCGAAGAUCAACUCGGUUCCCGUCGUCCAGUAAGCUUCGACGGGCGGGCAAAUUCCUUCUCGCAGGCAGAAGAAAGGCGUCCCAUGAGUUUCAACGAGCGGCUAGCAGCCGCAAGGAACGAAGAGCAGGAUCGCAAGGACAAAUCACAGAGGAUACAGAAGAUCAGGAGUAAUGCCUUCAGUAUUGGCAGGGAAGAGAUGGAGGAGUACAAGACGAAAGCGGUGGACGUUCCCGAAGUCCCAUACAAGGCUCCGGAAUAUUCCCGAGACGAGAUUCUGUCAGCCACAAGAAGGUCUUCAUCGACUGCAGGAGCCCGUGGUCGACCGCCCAUGAGCGCAUCAUCAUCGUUUACAGCACAAGUCAACACUGAUAACGAACCUGGUUUCGAAUCAUAUUCAGGUCUUCGCCUUUCCAAGCGCAUUCUCCCCCAUAAUGUGGUCACACGCGCUAUCACAGGCAAGAGGACGUAUGGUUUGAAGGACCUUUUGCGACACGUUAAGGCGCCUGACUGGGCCCUGCCCGAUGUGGAAUCCGAUGUUGUCGUCUUCGCGAUUGUCGCAACUAAGUCCGAGCCGCGCAGCCAUCGUAGUGAUGGCAAGCCCCUGGCAGAGCGCGGAAAGUAUAUGGUCAUCAGCCUCUGUGAUCUUCAAUAUGAAGUGGAUCUGUUCCUUUUUAAUACAGGGUUCGACCGCUUCUGGAAGCUCACACCUGGUACCAUCCUCGCCAUCCUCAACCCGACCAUCAUGGCGCCAAAACAGGGACAGCAAGACACCGGUCGGUUCUCGCUGGUGAUCAACAGUGAUGAGGAUACCAUCCUGGAGAUUGGCAAUGCCCGCGACCUGGGUUACUGCAAGAGUGUCAAGAAGGAUGGUAUGCUUUGCAAAAGUUGGGUCAACCUGCGGCGCACUGAGUACUGCGAGUUUCAUACCAAUGAAGCUGUGAUCAAGUCGAGAAAGGGGAGAUUUGAACUAAACACCACACACGGGCUUGGGCACAAACCAAACUCUAGGGAAGUGUACGGCUUCAGCGAAAAUGCCAAAAGGCAAGAGGAGGAACAACGACUGAGGGGGCAAUAUGACCGAUCAACCGGUAGUCACUUUUUCAUGAACCGUACUGCCGCGGAGCUCAUUGAUGGCGGUGGCAUGGCUGAUCAGGCCGAGAGAAAGGAAGCAAUCAAGAGGAGCUUGGCAAGGAAAGAGAAGGAAGCUGAGAUUGCAAGAAAACUGGGCGAAGUAGGUGGUGGUGCUGGAAGAGAGUACAUGAGCCGAGCCGCUGGUGGUCUUCGCGCAAGCUUCUCCUCCACCACCUCGGUACCUAUGUCUGGUUCUGCUUCCUUCUCGUCAGCCGCAGUCUCAACACCAAUGUCGUCACUGUCCGGCCACAGCCAAAGCAACAGCAUCAACGAUCCUCUAGGCUUCGGCGGAAGACCCCGAUACGACCUCCAAGCCCUCGGCCUGCUCCGCAAGAAGGGCGAAGAACAACCCAAGAUCGACCUCGGCCCAAUAAAGCGCAAGCGCCCCGAGUCCGCCCUCUCAAGCGAGACCAGCUUCAGUAAAUCCAACUCCACCAGCAGCGCAACCAUCACUCCCUCAAACUACACCAACAACACGAAAGCGCCCUCCUUAGGCUGGGGCUCCGGCCUGCGCGACAAGCUUUCGAGAAUGAAAGAAGGCGAAAAGCUCAACCUCUCCCACCGCGCCAGCACCUCCAGCAUGCGCGAUUCCACCCCAGCCCUCACCAAAUCCUCCACCACCGGUGGCCUUUCAACCGGCCUCACACCCGCCAUCAACCGUCUCUCCACCUCCUCCCGCGACUUCAACUUCACCAACUCCUCAUCCAACACCCAAACCACAAACCUCCCCAACCGCCCCUCACCCGCCGUCCGCUUCUCCGCUGCUCCCACGAAUUCCCACUCCCACUCCUCCUUAUCCUCUUCCCGCCUCCUCAGCGCCUCCGCCUCCGCACGUCUAGCAGCCGCCAGGGCAGCAGCCGCCGCACAAGCUGCUUCUGCUGCUGAAGGUGGUGGCGGGAACUCGCAAGGUUCCGCCGGGCAACCGCCCGUGAGGAAAAAGACGCGGUUCGUGACGGAUAAGGGGAUUAGAGAGGCCGGCAGGGAUAGUCUCGGGGACAAGGGGUUUCUGUUGAGUGCGGCGCAGAAGAGUAGGCGGCAGGUGGUGUUGAGUGAGGAUGAGGAUGAUGAUUUGGAGAUUGUGUGA